AUGAAGCUUUCUCCCAGUCUCGUUCUCCUCGCCAUGACCCUGGGCUCCCAGGCGUCGCUGUGGGGCUCCUCGUCGUCUUCCACGGCCAAGCCACAGGUAUACUCCAAAUGGACACCCUCAGAGCUAAUCGCAUGGCUUGAUUCCCGCAACGUCCCCAUCCCCACCACCACUCCCGGCCCAUCCGUCAACGAACUGCGGUCCCUAGUUUCUUCCAACUGGGAGACCGCCACACACACCGCCGCAGCGUGGGGCGCCGCCCAGACCGACUGGGCUGGCGACCAAGCAGGCCAGGCGCAGGCGGCGUUCUACAACUACUACGGCCACCUCAGGCAGGACGCCUUCGACACCUGGGACGAGUCGCGCCUCCGCGAGUUCCUCCUAGAGCAGGGCGUCGUCGAGCCCUCGGGCACCCGGGAGCAGCUCGCCCUCCUCGCGAAGCAGAAGUGGGCCCAGGCGUCGUCGAGCGCAUCGGCAUACAGUAACAGCGCGUCAUCGCUGGCGAGUCAGGCGAGCCAGAGCGCGUCCAGCGCAAGCGCAAGCGCGAGCUCUCUCGGGAGCAGUGCGAACGCUCGGGCAAGCACGGUGGUGUAUGGCGACAAGAAGCAUCAGGCCAGCAAGAGCGCGAGCAGCGUCGUCGCCUCAGCAUCCGCGCAGGUUGAGCAGGCGCUCGAUGACAGCAAGGACUACAUCUACUCGACGUGGGACGAUAACGCGCUGCGAGCGUACCUUGAGAGCAAGGGUGUCAUCGAGUCGAAGCAGCAGGCCACGCGCAACCAGUUACUUGGAUGGAUGCGCGACGCGUAUUCGGCUGCUGUGAGCCCCGUCUGGGAGGCUUGGAGCGACUCGUACAUCCACCAAUGGCUUGUGAACCACGGCGUCAUCAAGUCGGACGCACAGCAGAAGCGGGACCAGUACCUGGUGUUGAUGAAGAAGUACUACUACGGCCCGCAGGAGACGGUGUGGUCGAACUGGAACGACUCGCAGAUGAAGGAGUGGCUGGUUGAGCACGGCGUCAUCAAGAGCAACGCGCAGGUCAAGCGGGAGAAACUCGAGAAGCUCCUUGCCGACAACUACGCACACACCCAAGACACGCUCUGGGGCACAUGGGGCGACUCGGACAUGCGCGCGUGGCUGAUCGAGCACGGCUACCUCCGGAGCGACGCGCAGAAGACGCGGGACGAGCUCGUGAAGCUGAUGCAGGACAAGUACACGGAGUACAACGCGCGCGCGGCGCCGUACCUGGUGUGGCCGGACGCGCGGCUGCGCGCGUACCUGCGCGAGCGCGGGCUAUCGGAGGAGGCGGUUCCGACGGGUCGGCCGGGCCUGCUCCAGGAGGUGAGGAUCCGGUACGUGCAGACGGAGUCCCGCGCUGAGAGGGUUCUGGGGAAGGUAAAGGGCGUGUUCCAUGGCGCGACGGAGGCGGCGGAGGAGCAGAUCGCGAAUGUGAUCGAGAAGUUGACGGGUGGCGCGGAGAGCGCGAAGGGGCGGGCGGGCGAGAGCGUCGAGACGGGCGGGGACAAGCUGAAAUCGGCGGGGCAGAAGAUGCAGAAGACGGAGUUGUGA